GUGGCGGUACACAUGCAUAUGCGCGUCUACACACAGACACACCGAAGAAGACAAGAGGAAUCUUUUACUACAUUUUUGUUGUCAUUUUUUGAUUUUAUUUCACGCGUUAUACGUCGCUAUAUAAUAAUCGCGAAUAAACUCGACUUCAAGACUAAGAGAGCCGUUUGAAACCGGCGGAUCGAGUUAAUGUAAUAAUCUGUUAAAUAGAUAAAUUGAUGGUAAAUAAUGGCAGAAGGUGGCAGUAAUUUGAGUAGUCUUCCUCCGGGAGACCCACAGCUCAUCGCGCUUAUAGUGGACCAUCUGAAGAGCAGAGGACUGUUUGAUGACUUCAGACGAGACUGUCUGGCAGACGUGGACACGAAGCCAGCCUAUCAGAAUCUAAGACAGAAGGUGGACAACUUUGUGUCCAGUCAUCUCAGUUCACAAGAAUGGAGUCCAUCCAUCAACAAAAACCAAGUGAGGAACGUGUUGAGACAGAGUGUAGUUCAGUCAGGAAUGUUGGAGUCAGGUGUGGACCGGAUCAUUACUCAGGUGGUGGACCCUAAACUGAACCAUAUCUUCAGGCCUCACAUUGAGACAGCAAUUCAUGAUUUAUUAGCCGCGGAGAAGAAAGAAGAUGGGCCGUCAAAUUCAACCCCUGAAGCAGAGCCACAGGACACAACCGUCAGCGCUGCACCUAAAACACAGUCUGGAGAGGACGUUGGGCGCUAUGAGUGGUGCAUAGCCGACCCAUCCACUCUCUCCUCUGUUGCCAUGACUGGACGUCUGAAGAACCCAACUACUGUAGGUAUCUUCACGAUCCAACAAUACAACUGCGGAGAGUCACCCUCACACCCCCCUCCACUCCUCUUACCUGCCCCACUAACGCAGGACAGCAGUCCCACUGAAGUUAUUUCAGAGGGUCCUGGUCCAUAUGGCGGCUGUGGCGGCAAUAUCUCCGCUUGGGCUGCUCCUUAUGAGACCGCUUCAGCACCAGCUUUAUGGCCAAGUCCAGAGCAUGGUGCAGCAGCUCUUGCUGCCAAACCUUCAGAUAGGUCAGGCCCUUCGUUUCUUUGGGCAGCUGUCAUAGGCAGCACAUCCAGAAGAGUGGUGACUCCACCCCCAGGCAGUCCAGCUGAUUUGGAGACGGUUCAGGGCAGCACAGAGUUGGAGGAAACACAGGCAGCAUCCAUUCGCCUGAUCUCACUGCGGAUCUCUCUCUUCGCUGCAUACACAACACGGUCUCUCUCUGGUCAUUGCAGAGUGAUCAAACGCAUCACAGCGUCAUCAUCAUCGCGAGAAAUGCGUGUUAAAUGUGCCAUCGUAGCGUUUUUAUUCAUGUUAGCGGUGCGGCAGAUAGACGCGAGUGAUUCAAGCAACGCUCAUGAGAGCUCACUGGAGAGAUCAGUGAAUAUUCAGAAGAGAAGAUUGUCUCUGCAAAACACAGCAGAAAUACAGCAUUGUUUGGUGAAUGCCGGUGAUGUGGGUUGUGGGAUGUUCGAGUGCUUUAACAACAACUCCUGCGAGAUCCGUGGACUUCAUGACAUCUGCAUGACGUUCCUCCACAAUGCAGGCAAAUUUGACUCUCAGGGAAAAUCAUUUAUCAAAGAUGCGCUGAAGUGCAUGGCCCACGGACUGCGUCACAAGUUCAGCUGCGUCAGCCGCAAGUGUCCGGACGUAAAACAGAUGGUAUUUCAGCUUCAGCGCGAAUGUUACGUCAAGCACAACCUUUGCUCGGCCGUGAGGGAGAACGUCAAUGUCAUGGUAGAGAUGAUCCACUUCAAAGACCUGUUUCCUAGAGGGCCCCAUGUGGAGUUGGUGAACAUCCUGUUGGGCUGUGGUGAGGAGGUGCGCGUCGCCAUUGGCCGCCGAAUACGAACUCAGUGCGAGCAGAACUGGGGAGCUCUGUGCGGGAGUCUGAGUAUAUGUGCCCUCGAAAAGGUAGAGCACCAUGCCAGUUCCACCCUUGCACCCGCCGCCACCACCCCAUUGGGGCACAACACAACUCCACCGGGACCUAACGCCAAUUCCCUCCCAUCUCCGGCAAGGGUUCUUCCUGAGGCUGAUGGGGAAUCGGUUUGGGCGCUUACAGGAGAAGAUACAGAUGAACAUCACAGUCAGUUCUCAGGUCCUCACACACAAGACAACAUCUCUGAUGGUGAUAAACAGCUGAAGAGAUUUUUAAAUGCCACCAAAAGGAGGUGAAUAGAGAGGGGGCGACGGUGCCUUUAGCCCACACAUAUAAAAGGCUUGUUUGAUGGUCGAAUCUCUGUCUCUGCUUCACUUAAGGACAUACAGUAUAAGCUGCAGUCUUCAGUGACAACAGACUUGUUAUGGUUUUGCCACACGAGGUUUUCGUUUGUUUUGUAGGUCAUUUUGUGCAAACAUAGACGGUACAACAAUAUUUGACAGGAGGAGUCCCAAAAUGUUGCAAUAUGUUUCACCCUUUGUAGAUGUAUUGGUAGAUUGUGUACAAAGUGCAUUCCUAAGACUGCUGACAUUUGAGUCUGUCAGGCUAUGAUUCAAAAUAGCAUUAUAGGUUUUUGCGAUGACAUCAUUCCGUAUGCUUAUUUGUUUGUGCUGAAAGACUAUUUGGGCGAAUCUCACGUAAACAUAUUCACAUUUAACCCCAAAAUCAACACAAUAGACUGUAUAUAGUGCUUUGUGACAUUUUAUUAGAAUAAGUGUACUUACUUUCAAAUUGUCAUCACUGCCAUAAUGCAGCUUGAUUUGUUUUCUUGUGAGGUAAAUUAAUGGUGAUUCUUAUUACUGUGAUCAUUUCAACAUUAUGGUAUUGACAAUGUGAGAGGAAGAUGUGCUAAAACUUAAAAAAUAAUAUCCCUAUGUACAAUAUUGACCCUAAAAUGGCCGUCUUCCUUUAGAUUUGGGGGUAAAAUAUGACCAAACGUGUUAUUAUUAAUUGCUUUCACUGGAUUUGGCUCUAUAAAGCACAGAAGAGGUACAUCAGGAUAUAUAAGCUCUUAUAUGCCACGUUUCAUACAGCAGAGCUAUAUGCCUCUACAGCAAUGCUGUUAUGAAUGCAGUGUGACAUAUAAUGUAAUAUCAUGUUUUUGCAUGGACAGUUUUCAUACAUGAUAUGAAAAAUAAACCAAUGCCUUCCUAGAUAGAGUACAGUCAAAUACACAAACAUUUUAAACAUAAUAUAAUAUGCAGAGCAAUGAUUUUGGACCUACCUCAUCUCUUUUAACCUGCACAUAUGCUGUGGAAUAUAUUGCAUAACAAAAUGUGUCCCGUAUUUUCGUACCCACUCCCCUCUGCAGUAUGUGUCUUGAUAUUUUCUUUUUUAUUUAAAUUAAUUUUUCUGAAGUUAUGCAUGAAAUUUAUUUUGUUGACUUUUAUUUUGAAGUCAGGUUUAUUACAGCCACUAUACAGUGCUGUUACGUUGUGCUAUUUAUUUUAUUUUUUAUUUUUCGGUAACAUUUUUUAUUUUACUUUGGAUCUGUAACAAAUUCAAUUAUAUUCACAGAAAUUAAACUUUUUCCAUAAUGAAACUUCAGUUAUUUAGUUGUUUUGUUUUUGCAGAGUUCAAACAUAUUUACUCCUACUAACUUUUAUGAAGUAAAUUGUUAGAAAACAAAGUGAUAUUACCUCCAUUUAAUUCGGUUUAAUUUUAUUUUGUAUUGCGCUUUUGCAACUUUGCAUUGUUGCAAAGCAUGCUUUAAGAAAAUAUUUAUUACAGAAAAUAAAAUAGGAAAAUGAUAAAAUAUAAAAUACACAGAAUAGCCUAUUAGAUAAUAACUCUCAAGCGUAUUUUAAAAAAUAUUUAUUCAUUAAGAUACAAAGUCAACUGGGCGAUGACGUUACGCUCACAACUCAACUUUACCCGCCAAACUGAACAGGUAAGAACAUUUCGCAAGUUUUUAGAAUGCUGACUUUUAUUUUGAAGUCAGAACAAUUUACAUAAAAACUUGCGCUUAUUAUGAUAAAUGCUUAUUUUUUCAUUUUGCUUUGAUUUACUGUUAUUUUACUGUAUUUUUAUCUGUAACAAAUUCAAGUGUAAUCACAGAAAUUAAUGUCCAUAAUAAAUGAACUUUUAUAUUCA